UCACCCUUCGAGUGAAAUGACAUUUCCUCUUAGCCACUUUUUCCUCUAGCAAAGCCGCCAUCUGAGAAAGAACAAAUGGUGACCCGCUUUGGAAAAACUUUUAUUCCGGGUAACGGGCUGUUUUAUACAAAGUUUGAAGUCAUAAAACGAGUUGAAAGGAGAAUGCUGACGUUUGUUUUAGAAUGCUUCCCUUUUGGCCGGCGUGCUGACACGCCUGAAAUCCCAGCUCAGGAGGCAAAGGAAUGGGAAUCAUUGCAAACUCGAGGCCGGCAUGGUCUGCAUCUAGUGAGUUCAGGGGAACACGCAGAAAGAGAGACGCGAUCUCAAAAUAACUCCAAAAAUGCUUCCUUCCUUUUAAGCACACUGAACGGAAAUUACUACAAUCAAGGUGAGAUUCGAAAGAAAGAACUUCUGCAAAGCUGUGCUGUUUUGGGGAUUCCACCUUCCCGUGUAAUGAUUAUUGACAAGAGGGAGUUUCCAGAUGAUCCAGAAGUGCAGUGGGACGUGGAGCAUGUGGCCAGCACCCUCCUUCAGCACAUACAUGCCAAUGGCACUGACCUGGUGGUGACUUUUGAUGCAGAAGGAGUCAGUGGUCACAGCAACCAUAUUGCUUUGUACAAAGCUGUGAGGGCCCUGCACUCAGGAGGGAAGCUGCCUAAAGGGUGCUCUGUGCUCACGCUCCAGUCUGUGAACCUGCUCCGGAAGUUCGUCUUCCUCCUGGAUCUGCCCUGGACUCUACUCUCGCCCCAGGAUGUUCUCUUUGUGCUCACCAGCAAAGAAGUGGCACAGGCCAAGAAAGCCAUGUCCUGCCACUGCAGUCAGCUCCUCUGGUUCCGAUACCUCUACGUCCUCUUCUCCAGAUACAUGAGAAUCAACUCACUGCAGUUCCUCUGAAGCCUUGGAGAGUGGUCAGACCCUCAGAACAAGAGGGAGAAGCAGAGCAAGAAGUCCCCUGCCCGGGCUUAGGGCUGAUUUACCUGCCUGACCCAGGGAAACCCCAGCAAAGCAGUGUCUGCCAAACAGGGACCACAUGAACAAUGGAUCACCCCAACCCAGCUUCCUCUUCUGGGGAAAACCUGCCAAAACCAAGCCUACACCAACACAAUAAUAGCCACCCCACUAAUUUACCAAUAGUUUGCAUGAUAACAGAGUUUGCACCAGACAUCCAGCAAAACCUAGGGAAGUUAUCUUUACCACAAAUGUGUGUAAAUGUGCCAUAGAACUAGUUCAAAGGUGUGAUGUUUACAUGGCUUCCAGACCAGGCUGUUUUGGUCAGUCUUCUGUUCCUGUAGGUGAAACACCACUCACAGGGCAUCUGCAGACCUGCAGUUUUCUUGGAUCACAGUUCUGUUUUUGUUUUGUUUUGU